UCUAUAGCAAUAAGGAGCCGCCACCUGUUCCUGAAGAGGGGACUCGGUCCACCUGAGGCCUGAGGCGGGCGCGGGGAGGAGUCCGAGGCCCCGCGGGCUCUGCGCCGUCCCGUCGGCCGCCCGCGGGCGUGAAGGGAUUGGAAUGAAAACUGACCUUUUCCAGAAGAACUAUAGAGCUGAGAAAGAGGAAUAAAAAUCCAGGCUGACACGCUGUGGUGAGAGAAGAAUUCACUGCAGAACCUUCUUUGGCCCAGAGAGACAAAGGCAGCCAGAUACUCCACCCCCAGGCCAUGGUGUUGGCUAACGAAUGUCAGUGGAUCUAGCUGUGACAUUGGUUACCUACUGCCUAAGUGGAUGCGUCUGGGGUAGAGAAGAAGGAGGAGAUCAGCACCGUGGCUCGCAGUGACAGUGGCCCCCAGAAUAUAGGAUUCAAAUUUAAGAACAGAAAAUGGGAUAUUGGAAAAUCAACUUCCAAAUCACAAGAGUGAAUGAAAAGGGCAAAAAACUUAAUCUAAGAAAAAGCAUGAAGAAAAGAUUUUUUAAAAAGAAAAAGAAAGCAUGGUAAAGGGGAAGCAUAGAAUGACAGGGAGGGCCGAGAGGAGCUACUCCACGUUCAAGGUCAGGAGGAGUGGCCAUGAGAAGAUACCCCUCGUCCAAGAUCCUUGUUCAUGUCCUGAAUGGUGAAUGGGAAUGGUGAACCAGAAAGUCAAGCUACAGAAGCCUGAUUUAUACGCUUAAUCUGUGCCAAGCCAGGGAGACUACGAAGCCAGAUUUCUCACGCUGCCAGGGACCUGGAGGGGAAGGAGGUACGCCCCAGCAACAAGGAGAGGCCCUGAUCCUCAAACUCACAGCCUGUGGAGCAGAACCCACCAGCCCGCCCCGCUCCGGGACUUACAGAAACCUCUGGUGAAGGUGUCCUUAUGCCUCCUUGUCCAGCACUGGGUCGCAUGGCUUCGUGGGUCACAGAGGAGUCUGAGAAGUUACCAGAUUCCAUCAGCAGGAUGACGGACGUGGAGGAAAACGUGCCCAGGAAGGACCCUGGCGACGCGGAGAGCAGACCCUGUAAGCCCAAAAGCUCAGGACAGACCCGGGAAGACAAGGGCAGCCUCAAGGACCCCGCUUCCCGCCUGAGAGAUACAGUUAAUGAUGUUUCCAAGCUGAGCAUCGAGAUUGGGAUGAAUCGUGAUUUCCACAUGGAAGAGAAGGUUUUGCCUCCUGGCAGUCUGGAAGGCAGGAUCAAGGAGACCAUGCACAAUGCCUUUUGGGAUCAUCUGAAAGAGCAACUAUCAGCUACUCCGCCAGACUUCAGCUGUGUUCUUGAACUUCUAAAGGAAAUUAAAGAGAUCUUGCUGUCACUGCUAUUACCACGCCAGAACCGCCUCAGAAGUGAGAUUGAAGAAGCCCUGGACAUGGGCCUCCUUAAGCAGGAAGCAGAACACGGGGCCCUGAAUGUCCCUCAUCUCUCCAAGUACAUUCUCAACAUCAUGACGCUGCUGUGUGCACCGGUUCGCGAUGAGGCAGUGCAGAAACUGGAGAACAUCACAGACCCUGUCUGGUUACUGAGAGGGAUCUUCCAGGUUCUGGGCCUGAUGAAAAUGGACAUGGUGAACUACACUAUCCAGAGCCUCCAGCCCCAACUGCAGGAACAUUCCGUCCAGUAUGAACGAGCGAAAUUUCAGGACCUUCUCAACAAGCAGCCCAGCCUCCUGGAUCACACCACCCGGUGGCUGAAACGCGCGGCCGCAGACCUGUCCACGCCGCUGCCCAGCGGCCCCGACGCCGCCGACGCCGCCAGCUCGGCCUGCUCCUCCCCCGGCGAGGCGGCCAACAGCCCGGAGCCCCUCAGCCCCACCAUGGUGCUGUCCCAGGGCUUCCUGAACCUCCUCCUCUGGGACCCCGAAGACGACGAGUUCCCUGAGACCCUGCUGACGGACAGAGCGCGGCUGCAGCAGCUGGAGGCGCAGCUGCGCCAGCUGACCGUCCUGGCCUCCGUCCUGCUGGUCUCCAGCAGCUUCUCUGGCAGCGUCCUGUUUGGCUCGCCUCAGUUUGUGGAUAAGCUGAAACGCCUAACCAAAGCCCUGUUGGAGGAGUUCAAGUGCAGGCCUGAGGAGGAGGCUAUGCUGACUGUGAGUGAACAGGUGGCUCAGGAGAUCCACCAGAGCCUCAAGAACAUGGGCCUGGCUGCUCUGAGCAGCGACAACACGGCCUCUCUGAUAGGGCAGCUCCAGAACGUCUCCAGGAAGGAGAACUGUGUCCGCAGUGUCAUUGAUCAGCGGAUCCACUUGUUCCUCAAAUGCUGUUUGGUUCUUGGUGUGCAGCGGUCUCUGCUGGACCUCCCUGGAGGCCUUACCCUCAUCGAGGCAGAGCUGGCAGAACUGGGCCAGAAGUUUGUCAGCCUCACACACCACAAUCAGCAGGUGUUCGGCCCCUACUACACGGAGAUCUUAAAGGGCCUCCUGCCCCCAGCUCAGGUGCUGGAGACAGAAGUGAAGUCUCUCUGAUGGCGCUGGCUCCAGGCCCUGGCACCUUGGACCCAGCAGAGAAGCCCACCAUCUCCUUGGGGUGACGUCACCAAGCAGCGCGCCCUCUCCCCGUCUGCAGCCAGCACAGCACGCUGCAGUGACCGAGUGUGUAAACUCCAGCUGGCCCAAAUGCAUCCACUAAUAAACUUCUGAACUGCAAGCAAACCCCCUGCUUCGUGUGCUGCAGCCGUGGCCAGGCCCUGUGUCCUCAGCCGCCCACUAGCCGAGCAGCCGGCAGGCCCCGGUUUUUCCUCCAGGGGCCGCCUUCAGCACGUGGAGUGGAGAAGCCAAGACCCCGGUACGAUCCCUCUUCUCUGAGGGUAAAGUUCUCUCUCUAAGGGCUCUGAGAACUCUGUGGAAUUACCUAAAAUAGCUCUCCACUCCCAUCCGGCCUGAUAACCCUGGCAUUCAGUCACAUCUGUGGGUGACCAGCACAGGCCCUGCUCGGCAUUCAGACCAGCCGAACCUGAGGAGGCGAAGGUGACCGCAGGGCCCUCACACCAGAGCAGGGUCAACGCUGACCAGCAGCCCUUUCUGUUGGAGAGUGCCG